AUACGAACGAACUCUGGCCGAACUCUGGUGGGGUGCGCGAAACUACGUGAUCAGCGUGUGUGUGUGUGUGUGUGUCCGUACGCGCGUGCGUGUGUGUAAAAAGUUUUAAAAUAGAAAAGCAAUCGCUAGUGAUCCUCGACAAAGUGAUCCCGAAAUAAUCACGGUUACAAUGGCGAUGAAGUGGAUGAUUCUGAGCUGUUUGGUCAUUGCGUGCGUGAUUCACGCCGGAGAUGCGAGUCCGGACAAGCACAAGGAUUACCCGAAAAAGGGAGGCUUCGUGCCGGUUUACAUUCGCUUCGGUAAUCAACCGUUAGCUUCCAUCAGUCCCGAGCUGGCCGCCGCAUUCCAGGAAAGCUCGGGUCGCAGCUCUCGCAGCAAGUUGAUUCAGGAGCUGAACCGUCCGGUGCGAUUCUCGUCGGAGUCGAGCAGUGACGAGGAACUGCGGAAUGACAUCGCGAGCAAGCCGACCACAGUGAAGAAGGUGGACUCGGCCAGCAGCGAGAGCAACUCCAUCUCGAACGAAUCAAUCUCUUCCGAGAAGGAAGCCAAGGAGGCCAUCAAGAAUUUGCUUAAACAAAUGCAUGCUCUCAGCAAUCCGCCGUCGGUGAAGACAAACACGGUCUAAUGGCUGCGCACUUGCCAGGCACUUGCCAGGGCCCUCAUUAGCAGCGGUAGAAAGGCGGCUCGAUGGAAAGUUGGCCGCGUGUGUUUACUAAAACCUUCAGAUACUCUUGCACUGCACACUGCCAUUUUGAUAAAUUGUAUUUAUAGGGAAGAAAUUAUAUUAAAUUCUCAAAAAGAAGACUGCAUUAAUUUAGGUCGGUGCUUUUUGGCAAACCUUAGAAGAAACAAAAUCAAUGAAAAAAACGAAUUCAACAAGUGGUUCCCGGCCUUUUCGGGAGCCCGAUUAGGGAAUCGAGAUUUACAAUAGGUAAAAGGGCAAAAAUAAAAACAUCAACCGCUGUUUGAA